GGCUAUUCGAUCUGCGUGGGAUGGCCUGGGGUUUAAUCUGCUUGACUCCUAACAGCACUGGGCAAGUUUCCGUCUCCCUCCCCGAACCCGACCAAGCCUCAGGGUGUGCCGAAGUCUCCCAGGGCCAGGGAUUGUAGGUUUAACGCCAAAGAUUACGUGGAGAAGGAGAGAUGUCCGGACGGAUGAAGGUGUUGGCCAGAGGCAGACAGAUGUUGCUGGCCCUGCUUCUCAAUGUCUGCCUCUUCCCUGCAGACUCACAUGGAUGGCCAGACAAUGGGACGUCGGUCACACCCACCAUUGGAACUGAACUUACAACAGGAUGGCCAGACAAUGGGACGUCGGUCACCUUCACCAAUGGAACUGAACCUUUAACAGGGAUGCCUGAAAAUGGGACGUUGGUCACUCCCACCAAUGAAACUGACGAUUCAACAGCAUGGCCAGACAAUGGGACGUCGGUCACACCCACCAAUGGAACUGAACCUACUCCAGGAUGGCCAGACAAUGGGACAUCAGUCACACCCACCAAUGGAGCUGAACCUACAACAGACCCACAGGUGACGGAACCUUCCAGAACCACCAGAAGUGCCCCAGACCCUGAGGUGGAAAACCAGCCUCAGUUUCCUAAUUUCAAGGAUGCCGAUCUCGCAGCGAAGCGGUUCUAUUACGAUUACAACUCACUCAGGGUAUGGGGUCUCGUAAUGGCAGCCGUCUUCUUUCUCAUGGGGAUCUUUAUCCUGAUUGUGGGAGGUGUGUCGUUCCCAAGGUGCCGGAGAUGCCGGGUCAGGAAAGGACGGACGUACAAUGUUGUCCAGCCGAGCCAGAACCCAGUUCAGGAAACAAGGAAAGCUUCCGAGAUGACGCUGCUGGAUUCGGGAAUCACCGCCGUGUAGGAUCGGGUCCCGGAGACUUCGAUUCAGACACCGUGCGCAUUUCACCGAAUAAAAUCAUCUAUGU